GAUCCUCGAGCUGCACGACUGCAGCGGCGCACCGGACGCGGUCCUCGGUUCUCGGGUCGGAGACAUGGAGCCGCUGCUCGGUGAGAUGAAGCAGCUCUGCGGGAGAAUACACGAGGCCUGCAGCGAGCUGAAGGAGGAUCUGACGCCUUUCAGGAGCGAGCGCUUCUACAGGUUGGCCCCCAUGCGUCUCUACACUCUCUCUAAGAGGCACUUCGUUCUGGUGUUUGUGGUUUUCUUCUUCUGCUUCGGCGUCUCCACACUCAUCGGUGUGUCAGGACCCAAGAUCAUUACUGAGAUUUAUUCCAACGGUUUAAGCGUCAGCGCCAAUGGAUCAAAGACCGGACCCUUCGACCUCAAAUCUCAGCCGCUGUCCAACUACAACCAGCAGCUGUGGCUCACGUGCAUCAUCCAGCUGGACAACAACAUUGCAGAUCUGAGCUUGAAGGAGUUUGGGAUGAACGUGGAGCUGCAGGGAGUGAUGCAGGACGCCAGCGUGAUGCGCAUCAGCAACAACAUUCACAACAAGAACAGAACCCUGCACUGCGCCGCCCACCAGCAGGCGUGUGAUGAGAUCAUCGUUCUUCAUCUGGGGUAUCUGAACUACACUCAGUACAAGAUCAGCGUCAGCUUCAGGAACCUGCUGCAGGACCGAAUCAAAAACGUGACUUUUGUGUUUAAGAUGUACAACGCCACGUUCUCUCAGGUGGAGAUCUGGUUCCGCUUCGUGUUCGUGGUGAUGACCUUCAUCGUGACCUGUGUGUUCGCUCACUCCUUACGCAAGUUCUCCAUGAGGGACUGGGGCAUCGAGCAGAAGUGGAUGUCUGUUCUUCUUCCUCUGCUGCUGCUGUACAACGAUCCGUUCUUCCCUCUGUCGUUCCUGCUCAACAGCUGGGUUCCGGGAACGCUGGAUGCGUUCUUCCAGGCUCUGUUCCUGUGUGCACUGCUGCUCUUCUGGCUGUGUGUGUAUCACGGCAUCCGUGUGCAGGGCGAGAGGAGGUUCCUGACCUUCUACCUGCCCAAGCUGCUGAUCGUGGGGCUGCUGUGGCUCUCGGCCGUCACACUGGGAAUCUGGCAAACGGUGAACGAGCUGCAGGACCCCACGUACCAGUACAAAGUGGACAUCCAGAACUUCCAGGGCAUGAAGAUCUUCUUCCUGCUGCUGGUGUCUGUGUAUGUGCUGUAUCUACUGUUCCUGGUGCUGCGCGCCUGCUCCGAGCUCAAGAACACACCCUACACAGACUUGCGUCUGAAGUUCCUGACGGCACUGACACUGCUGGUGCUGCUGAUCAGUCUGCUCAUCCUGUACCUGAGGUUCGGCUCCAAGGCUCUGCAGGACAACUUCGUCUCUGAACUCUCCACUCACUACCAGAACUCAGCGGAGUUCUUGUCCUUCUACGGUCUGCUGAACUUCUAUCUCUACACGCUAGCGUUCGUCUACUCGCCCUCCAGAAGCGCUCUGUACGACUCGCAGCUGAAGGACAAUCCUGCCUUCUCCAUGCUCAACGACUCGGACGAUGAGGUGAUUUACGGGAGCGAUUAUGAGGAGAUGCCUCUUCAGAACGGCCGUGCCAUCAAAGCCAGCGGCAGACACCAGGAUGAGAGCGAGAGCGACUGAAAGCGGAGUGACUCCGGAUCGCUGCUGAAGUGUGUGAACAGAUUUGAAAGCUACAGUAGUGUGUGUUUGGAGGCCAGCUGUGACUGAAGAUCAGUGUUUCUGGGGUCGCCUCUAAAUGAAAAGGAGAAGAAUGAAUCGUGUAUAUUCUCCUGAAGCACAUCUCAGUCCUGUAACGAGGAAGAUCACACAUGAAGAACAAACCUUCAGUUCAGUCACAGUGAUGGAAGGUGUACGUUUACAGAAUGUAUUUAAGUAUAAACACAAAAAAAGUGUAAAUAUUUUCAUAUAAAUGUUUUUUUUUUUUUUUUUUUUUUUUUUUUUUUUUUUGCAAUGCAGUAAUGACAGUGUAGGGUAAAAUGUGCUUAAUUGUCAUGAAAAUAAGUGUAUUAAGGGUCUCAGAUUAUUUUUUAGUUAGAUUUCCGAGUGAAAUUUCAAGAAAUUCCUUGACCGUGUUUAAGCCUCGUUUCUUCUCCAUGAAUGAUGCAGAGAAGUGAUUUAUGUGCAUUUAUUUCUGAUGAUUUCUGGCUCGUUUGAGCCGUUUUGCCAACAUCCAGAUCCUGUGUGAAUUAUCUUCUCACAUUCCUUUUUUACGUUUCUCUCUUGCUGUCUGUUUUUGUGUAUUUCUGAUUCUGAUCACUUCCUGUUUGGAGCUGUAAUGAUGGGACUGGACUGUGCUCCUGAAGUGAUGUCUGUAGACGUGUGUGAUGAUGAUGAUGAUGAUGAUGAUGUGAUGAUCACUGGACUUCCUCAUCCCUCGGUCCAGACGUCCAGCUUCUGAAUGUGGAAUAAAAGCUCCAGGUGUUUUCCA